AUGAAUCAAUUUCUUUUUGAGCGGUCCAUCGGUAGCAUUGAGCCUAAUGUAUUUGCCAGGCUGCAGACCACACAACUCUUACACUCGUUUCGCCCUGCACCCGAGUUUCGCUUCGAUGGCGGCGAGAGAGGUACUGCUGUUAGAGAUCAUGAGGGGGGAUCAAUAGGCCCAGAUCCCACUUCUACGCUAUGGUCACAUCAAGCUGGUGUUAACGCGUUAGCGCUCGAUCGCUUCGACGGCAGAAUCCUUGUGUCGGGCGGAUUGGAUGCCUCUAUAAAGCUCUGGAACCUAGAGCAGUGUGGCAAUCCCUCAACGGCGCAUACUCAUACCCCUAUCGCCAAAGUCUCGCGUUCGGACCAAGCCCACAAGUUUGGCAUCACUCAUCUCUCUUUCUACCCCUUCGAUUCGGCUGCUUUUCUUUCAACAUCGUACGAUCAAACUCUAAAAGUUUGGGCUACAGAAAGGGCUACAGCCUCUGCCUCCUUUAAUCUCGGUUUCAAGGCAUAUACGCAUGCCAUAUCACCAAUUGCCUCACACCUACUAGUCGCAUGUGGAACGCAGCACCCUGCUGUGCGUUUGGUGGAUCUACGCUCUGGCUCUAACGUUCAAACAUUAAUACCUGGCCACUCAGGUGCCAUUCUGGCCACUGCAUGGUCCCCCAGACACGAGCAUGUCCUCGCUACCGGUAGUGUAAACGGAACGGUCAAAGUCUGGGAUAUUCGUCGGGCUGGUGGGGUCAUUGGCAUGUUAGAUCACGAAGAUAGUCUAGGGCUAUAUUACAACGGCCUUAUAGAUGCCGCCAGUGGCAAAGUCAGAACUCGAGCAUCUGCAAGAGCGCAUACUGCCCCUGUGAAUGGUCUCACAUGGACGGACGAUGGAGCGUACAUCGUGUCAGCGGGUCAUGACCGACGUAUCCGUGUGUGGGAUGCCGCCACCGGGAAGAACACACUCGCGAGCUUUGGACCAAGCAUCAGGAACAGCCAACUAGCAAGCAUUACCAUGUUUACAUCACCAACGGGCCUAACUCAUCCCGGUAAGGAAUUGCUCUUUUGGCCUAACGAGACUGAGAUCCUCGUCUUAGACUUACAUGAUGGCCACGUGGUCACGAAACUGAGAGGAACUGGUCCAACUGUAGCGGGUGUUAGAUCUGCCAGUGGUGCCCAACGCACCACCAAGAAUCGAAUUGCUAGCAUAGUCUGGAGGGGAGCAGGCGGCGGCGGCAGUUCAAGCGGUGUCGUCAUGGGUGGUAGCAAUAUGGCCGGUGCUAUCUUUAGCGCUCACCUCGAUGGUCAAAUCAGGGCGUGGUUACCCCGCUUAGAAGGCGAUGAUUAUGAGGAUGAGGACGAGUCCCUAGACGAGGCCAGUAAGGACAAGGCCAAGAAGCGGAAAGCCCUCGAUGAUGUCUUCAAGGAUUUGAUGGGCAAGAAGAUCACGUUCACCUAA